AACGAGGCGCUGUUUCCUUCUCAUGUACGUCACGUUCGUGACGAGUGUUAUGAUUCGAUCAUCUCACGUGACGCACUUCAUGAAAAAUAGUGUGAAGUUGGCAGGAAGAUGGCUGAUCAGAAUUACGAAAGAGUGGACAGUCCCUCGCGGGGAUACCGCUUCCCAUUCUCUCGCAGAACUACAUUACUUCUCAUUUCUUCGUUCACCGAAGUCAACGAAACGUAGCACUAUGAUGUACGAUAUCAAGUGGAUCAUACCUAAACUUCGAACUCCAACGAGAUUAUGGAACAUAGCGAGUAGCAUAACCUUCGCUGCCGUUGGGAUAUUCUCAAAAAUCAUCAUAGAUAAAGAAUGGCUGAAUAAAGCAUUGGUCUACAACAAACAUAUCAUUAACCGGGCCUUAGAUGAACGACCGAAAAAUGUUCCUCUUAUUACUGUCUCGAAUCAUCACAGUUGUUUCGACGAUCCUGGUAUAUGGGCCACACUGGACCUGAGACAUUUGCUGAAUCGUCGUAGGAUGAGAUGGUCCCUCGCCGCACAUGACAUUUGUUUCACGAAUGUUUGGCAUUCCUACUUCUUUAUGCUUGGCAAGUGCAUACCUGUCGUACGAGGCAAUGGUGUUUAUCAGGAAGCUAUUGACUUCUGCAUCGAAAAGCUGACUUCUGGGGAUUGGAUCCACGUGUUUCCUGAAGGAAAAGUCAACAUGUUUAAGGAAAACAUGAGGUUGAAAUGGGGUAUUGGAAGAUUGAUAUUAGAAUCCCCUGUUACACCUCUAGUAAUUCCUAUAUGUCAUCUUGGCAUGGAUCAAGUCCUUCCUAAUGAGCCACCAUAUAUGUUUAAAACGCGAAAAAAGGUUACCAUGAAUUAUGGUAAACCCAUAGAUUUUAGUGAAUUGUUGAGGAAUUUAAAAGAAACUAAAGCAACAGAAGUAGAGGCCAGAAAAGCUAUCACUGAUUGUAUUCAGGAAGAACUUUUGAGAUUAAAGAUAGCAACGGAAAAGCUUCAUGAAAAAUUAUGACAUCAAAUUAAAUUUCACAGAUAAUUUUUUCCUAGCCUUAAUCGCCAGUUGCCGAUAAAAAAAUGGAAAAGUAUCGAUAAUGAUAUACAAUUUAAAUUUCACAUAUCAUUUUACAAAUAUUAACGAAAUGCAAAAUUGGAGAAAAAAAAACCAUUAAUUAGUAAUUAUAUAAUUUCCAUUAUUUCUGGUUUUUUUUUUUUUUUUUUUUUUACUUUCUAUAUUUGUUGAUUACAAAAUUUGCAUAAUAUUUAUCAAUGCAAAUUAUAAUUUAUUUUUUCUUUUUUAAUCAAUUUAAUAACACAUACCACUGUGUACAUAUUUAUGCCAAUAAUGACAAAAAGGCGAAUGGAAAAAAUUUAUCGAUAUAUUUAAUCAAAAGCUUCCUAAAUAAACAUUUCUUGAAGAUGCAAGAUGUAGAUAAUUUUGAAAAUGCUAUGACUUGUAUUUUUAAUAUGACUCCAUGAUUUAACAUUUAGUUUAAGUUAAAUUAUUAAAACAUCAAUAUAUAUAUUACGUAAAAGUUAUAUAUAUAUAUAUAUAUAUAUAUAUAUAUAUAUAUAUAUAUAUAUAUAUAUAUGUAUGUAUGUAUGUAUAUGUAUGUUUGAAAAGAAAACCUUAUAAUCUUCAAUAAUCAAUUGAAAAACUAUAAAGUAAUUUGACCAUCGAAAAAAGGUUUCUUUGUUCACAGUAUCGAUGACAGUAAUGAUGACAAUUCUAUUAUAAUCAAAUGAUAAUUCUAUUGCAAUUACCAAUUGUAUAAUGAUUUAAAAAAACUGCAUGUACUCAUUUAUCAGCUUUUAAAAACUUGUUCCUAAUAGUAAGUUUGUACCAUUAAUACAAUUAUAAUAUUUUCCACUA